GAUUACCCAACGUUUUUUGGUCUCUAAGUAUAGGAAAUGGAUGCCUCGAUAGGAAAACGGAACUUAAUUGUCGACGAGAGCUAUUCCAGAGCAGAUACCUCUCUGUGGGAUGAUAGCGAUCUGGUGCGGUUGUGGAACGAGCAGCUGAAGGUGAUGAACAGCAAGGAAGGGACCGGUCGGCUGAGCUUACCGCGAGAGCCCUCUCUUUCGCAGGGGAGUGGAGCCGAGGCGGAUUCCCACGCCGAGUCUAGUAGCCGCGCGAGCGAAUCGGUUGAGAGGAGCACGCCGUCUCCCACCGUGACGGCGAGCGAGGCGUCGUAUCCCGGAAUCACCGACCGCGAGCCUCAUAAGCGCGCACGCCAAGAGCCUGGGAAUGCCCUUGCUUUGCAAACUACGCUUCCUAUCGCCCAUUUACCCCGUGAGGUGCGGCAGCUGGUAGUUUCUUUCUACACUGCUGGGUAUGAAGCGGGCAGGUAUGCCGCCUGCAAUGAGGCGCGUCAAGGGAAAGAGAAACGAAGCCGUCAUUGAAUUGGAGAUCGCAAAGGAGGAGAAAGGGUGGAUGGAAUAUCACACCCGUGCCUUGGGGGACUUGGGGGUGUCCAUGGGGGAUGGUUAGACGCAUAUCCGAUAGAAAGAAGUUGCGAUUCUAAUGAAGAAUGUUGGCUCGAUUUUGUUUUUUUUGUUUCGAAUGCCAUGUUGGGGAGCGCGUUGUUUUCAAGGUUAUAAGUGGGCAAAUAGAAGGAAAGGAGUUUCCUUUUCACAUGGUAUUUGU